GCCUGAAGCUCACAAAAGUCCAUGUGGAAUUCUGGACCAAAGAAAAUAAAGGAGACAGAUUACCAACACAAGGCAAUAUGGGGGAAAAAAAAAAGAAAAAAAAAAAGGAUCCUAAAUAUGAAAAAGUAGGAACGUACUUAUUAUUACCGAGGGGGUUAGCCGAGUUUAUCCCCCUCUCCCUGUCUCUCCUGACAUCGCACAGUUCGUGUGCUGCCGGAGAUCUCUCUCCCUCCUCCCCAAUUUUUGCUUCCUCGCCUUGUGUCCGAAUUAAGGAAGAGGGAGAAGCAUCAACGUCGGACGAAGCGGCAGCCGAAUGCCGUCGAAAUCCUUGAUCCCUCCCCCGACGACUCCCAAUCCCAACCUCCCCCGCCCCAACGCCCCCGUCGUGCCGCCGUCUAUGUGCGGCGGCGGCGGCGACCUUGAUCCCGCGCCGCAUUUCGGAGGACCCCACCACCGGCGGGCCCACUCCGAGCUGGCCUUCCGGAUCUCCGAGGACCUCCAUCUGGGCCCCGCCUCCGAGGACGACGUCUUCCGGACUUACAUGGACGUGGAGAAGAUCGGAUCGGGGAUGGAGGACGGUGAAGCGCCCGCUUCGGAAGCAGCCGAGCACUCGGGCCCUCGGGAUCGGUCGGCGGUGGAUUGUUUGUCGGGGAACGAGGGCAAUGCCGCCGCCCGGCCGAAGCAUCGGCACAGCAACUCGGUCGAUGCGUCCAGCUCUAGAGGCGAGGGAGUGUUCGGGGACGUGAUGGAGGCCAAGAAAGCCAUGCCACCCGAGAAACUUGCGGAAUUGGCGGUGAUCGACCCGAAGAGGGCCAAGAGAAUUCUAGCAAAUCGUCAGUCUGCAGCUCGCUCGAAACAACGGAAAGCAAAUUAUAUUGUAGAACUUGAGCGAAAAGUACAGACUCUUCAAACCGAAGCUACCACUCUUUCAGCACAGCUUACACUGUUCCAGAAAGAUAUAUCCGAGUUGGCCACUGAAAAUGCAGGACUGAAGUUAUGGCUACAAUCUAUGGAGCAACAAGCUCAGUUGAAUGAUGGCGUUAGUGAUGGGUUGAAGCAGGAAGUUGAAAGGCUUAAGAUUGCAACCGGUGAAAAAGUGGAGAGAAGCGAGGCAUAUAAUCUAGGACUCAUGAACCUUCCUUUCUUACCGUUUGUGAUGCCUUCACAGGAGCAACCACGAAAUCAUCAACGAGGCUUUGAAUUUCAAGCUCAGAUUCAGCAGUCUCAACUUGAUAACAACAGUGUGCCAUCGAAUAUGAUGCAGCAGGGUCACCUUAUGGUACUGCCAGGAGUAGACAUCAGAAAGGGCUCAGAGAUUCUCAAUCCAGAUAACUCUAUCACCGCAAGUGAGGGCAGCUGCAAUUCCUAGCAAGACUGCGAGCAACAUGUUUAGUUUGAUUCAUCUGUCCAAAGCCCGACUUCAUCAAGCUUCUCUCAAGGACGAUGGUGUUUGAUUCCAUCUUCUUUUUGUGAGAUAUUAUUAUUUUUCAUUUAAGAUAUGUGAUUCAAAUUUC